AUGGCGGAGUUUAACCUGGGCUGUGACGUGGAGCACACGGAGCACGUCUACAGAGUCUACGUCACCACAUUCUUAGGCUUUGGAGGAAACAUGGCCCGACAGAGAUACGAAGACCAGCUCCUCAACACCUCCUCCACCUCCUCCUCCAGUGCUCAGUCCCUGGACCGGACCUUGGACCAGACCCUGGGCCAGUCCCCGGACCGGCCCCUCCCUGACCCCUGUUUGCCUCUGGGGCUGUCGGACUCUGUGCUGCGCGGAAAUCGAACCCUGCACCUGCGCGGCCUGGGACACUGGAGCCGUUGUCAGGAGGCGGUGCGGCCCUUCCUGGGGUUGCACAACGGCACAAUGUCACUGGGAGGAGUCUACCGGGCUCCGAUAAACUUCAGCAACAGUGAGUUCUACGGUUUCUCUGAGUUUUAUUACUGUAUGGAGGACGUGCUGCGGAUACGUGGAACCUACGACAGCCGCAAGUUCAGCCGCGCCGCCGCGGACUACUGCUCCACCCAGUGGUCCGUUCUGAAACAGCGUCUGGACAAUAAGCUGUUCUCACAACAGGCCGACCUCAACAGACUCAAAUUCCAGUGUUUUAAGUCUGCGUGGAUGUGGGAGGUCCUCCACACUGGGUUCCGAUUCCCUCUGUCCUUCUCCAGCCUCAGGACGGCGCAGCUUGUUCAAGACAAAGAAGUGCAGUGGACUCUGGGAGCCAUACUCUACAAGACACGCUUCCUGCCUCUCAGGGACCUGCGUCAGGAGCCAGUGCGUCCCAACAGCAGCAGUUGGCUGCGCUCGUCCUUCGUCUAUAACCACCACGUCCUGUCGGUCUGCAUCCUGGUGGUGGCGCUGUCCAUCCUGCUCUACCUGCUGCGGCUGCGAAGGAUCCACCAGAGGGAGCAGCGGCAGAACGACGUGCUCCAGCUGCUGUGGGCGGAGGAGGGGGAGGCUCUUCUGCCGUGA